CUAUUAUGAUGUCCUUAUGAAUAAAUAGAAAAGAAUGUGAUUUACAUAAAUUAAUUACUUGAUUUUAAUUUAGUAUCUUUUUUUUUUCGUAUUAUUAAGAUAAAAAUUUGUAUUGUUCUGUUUAUUUUAUAAUUUUAACUUGUUUAAUUUGUGAUACUUAUUGUUUUAUAACUAUUUUAUUGCCUACAUUAAUAAUAUAACGUAGAUUGAUGGUAACUUUUUUAUAAACAUGUCUAAUUAUAAAAAGUGCUUAAAUUAUUUGAAAGAUCCAAUAUUAGUUGCACGUUUUCAAAAAUAUUUUGGAAUAGUACGUUGUCACCAUCAAGAUGAAAAUGUUGCUCUUUCACAUACAGUUAAUAAUGAGUUAAAUGGCAAUAGCAGUUUAGCUGAAAACAGAGAUGGAAGUAACUACCAAAUAACCAAUAAAUUUUGGUUUUACUUAUUUUUUUUUGGUACUUAUCUUGGCGAUGAAAUAGGAUAUUCAAUAAUUAUACCGUUUUUCAUAUGGAACGUUGACUCAGCAAUUGCAAGAAAAAUUGUUCUUGUAUGGGCAGUUGUCAUGUAUAUAGGACAAUCAAUCAAAGAUAUUGUGCGAUGGCCAAGACCAGCCUGUCCUCCUGUUGUAAGGCUUCAGAACAAAUGGUCAGUGGAAUAUGGCAUGCCAUCAACCCAUGCUGUUGUUAGUAUUACAUUGCCAUUUUCAGUUCUAUAUUAUUUAUCAAAUAAAUAUCAAAUUGAUUAUGCAGUUGGUAUUUCUUUGGCAUUGUUAUGGUGCACUCUAAUUACACUAAGUCGCUUAUAUUUAGGAAUGCAUACAGUUUUAGAUGUGAUGGCUGGUUUAUCCUUAGCAAUAGUUCUACUAAUACCUAUUCUACCAGUUGCCGACAUUGCUGAUCGUUUUCUCAUGUAUUGUUUUUGGACUCCAUUUAUUCUAGUCACUCUUACAGUCGGUCUUAUUAUUAUGUACCCUACAGGAAAUCAGUGGACACCUACUAAAGGAGACACAUCUCAAAUAUUGGGGACUUGUGCAGGAAUAUUAAGUGGAGGUUGGUUGCUUGUGAUGUUGGGUUUACAAAAUGAAAAUAUAAUUAUGAAUCCAAUGAAUAAUAAUAUCAGUUGGCCCUCAUUAAAAGAGCUAGGUAAUAUAGUAAUCAGAAGCGGACUGGGUUAUAUUUGUAUUGUUGUAUUUUUAUUGAUUGUCAAAUAUGCUUUUGAUGGCCUUGAUGUUUUACUUUCAAUAUGUGGUAUUAAAGUAAUGGACGAUAAAUUAAAUAGACGUGUUGCAAUUUUAGAUAAUGCCUAUAAGUAUUUAUCCAUUUAUUUGGUAUCAUUUGUUAUAAUAUUUGGAAUACCGUUAUUACAACAAACUUUAGGAGUUGGCAGACAAUCGUUUUAUAAUGAAGCCAAAUAAAAAUUAUUGUUAAAAUAACUCUAAAGAAAAUGUGAAAUGUUACCACUCCUUCAAAAGUUAAGAAAACAUUUAUCUCAAAAAAUUGUUUGUUAAGUUAUUUUUAUAUAUUGUACAUUUUAUAUAAUUAUUUGAACAAUUUAUUUUUAUUUUAAUACUGUAAAUUACUAAUAGUUAUACAAAUCGUUUUUUUUUAAUUGAUUAUGAAAUUACUUAUAUCGGUGCCAUAAAAUGUCUUUAUCAAUUUUAUAUUUUAAUAAGGUAAUCAGUUAUAUUUUAAAAAUUGUUUAAAUUUCCGUUGUAUUUAAUUAUUAAUAAAACUAUCCAACAUUUAA